UCUGCUGGGCCCCACCCACCCACCCAUUUAUCUCCACCUAAUCUUAUCUCUUCCUCCUCCCGAUCCUCUCUCUCUCGACCGAUUAGCAGCGGUGACCGGCGGCGGAAGUAAGACGCCACCGAGCCGGAGCCGGCGACAACGCGGCGGGCCGCGUUGUCAGAGUCGAGGGUGAGCCGUGGCCGAGCCGGAGCGUCGGCGAUGCGGCAGGCCGCGGCGGAGGCGAGGAGGUGAUGGUGGAAAGAGUGAUGGGUGGAGGAGACUGCCACGACGGCGACGACAGCGGCAUCCCCGACGCCACACUCCUCCUCGUGGGAAAGGUUGGCAACGGCAAGAGCGCCACCGGCAACAGCAUCCUCGGCCGGGACGCGUUCGCAUCGAAGCGCUCCUUCCGCAGCGUAACUCUCGGGUUCCAAAUGGAAAGCGCCACGCUCGACGACGGCCGCGUCGUCAACGUAAUAGACACGCCAGGGCUUGUCAACACCGGUGGCGCGGCGGAAGAUGUUUAUGGGGAAGACAUUAUCCAGCAUGAGCAUGGCGAAACCGCGAAAGACGGGGUACAUGCGGUUCUCGUUGUCUUCUCAGCUGUGUCCCGCUUCUCUGAAGAAGACGUGGCAGCCAUCCGGUCGAUACAUAAGCUGUUUGGGGAGCGCUUGAUAAUGGCUUUCACUCAUGGAGAUGAGGUCGAGGAGGAUGAAUUCAAAGACAUGCUGAACGAUGCUCCGGAGUACAUACGGGAGAUGGUCAGGAUGAAAGAGACAGAGAAGAACCAGAAGAAGUGGAACUGGAAAAGGGAUCUGGAGUACAGAGUUUGGAAUAAAAUAUGUUGCCUGUGCCGCAAGAUGGUUGACACCGUGAAAGGGAAGAUCGAGAACACCAAGAAGCAACGCUCAGUGAAGAUUGUCUCGUGCGGCUACGCGGUGCAAAGAAUGCUGAGGCCCAAGUUGGUGACGAGCUACCGGCUACCGCUGAUGGAACUGACGGCAUGUGAAAUCAUGGGCGGCGACGGCCGGCAUGACGGCGACUGGGUGCUGCCCACCGCUGCUUUAACCAAUAUUACCCUUGCCCUCGUCGGGAAGAUCGGUUCCGGGAAGAGCGCCACCGCGAACAGCAUCCUUGGGAAGGAAGCAUUCGCUUCGGAGUUCUCCUACAGCGGCGUCACCGGAACUUGCCAGAAGAGAAGCCGGACGUUCCAUGAUGGCUGUGCGGCCCGCACCCUGAAUGUCAUCGACACUCCUGGCUUAUUUGACAUGGACACUACAUGUGAAAACGUCCGCAAAGAGAUCAGCAAGUGUUUGGAGUACAUGGCUAAAGAUGGGAUACACGCGAUCCUGAUGGUUUUAUCAGCUACAGCUCGGUUUUCUCGUGAAGAUGAGAAAACAAUGGAGUCGAUUAAACUGUUCUUUGGUGAUAAUGUCUUUGACCGUGUGGUUUUAGUUUUCACACAUGGAGAUCAAGUAGGGGAGGAAAUUAUUUGGAAGAAAAUGUUAACUGACAGUGCCCCAGCAUAUCUUAAGGAAAUUUUAGGACUACGUAAAAACAGAGUUGUUCUCUUUGACAAUAAGGCAAGUCAUAAGAAGCACCGUUUGGCACAACUGGAAAAAUUGCUUGAUGCGGUGGACUUUGUUAUAUCAAGCAAUCAUGGGAAACCAUUUUCCAACCAGAUCACUCACCCUCAGGAAGCGCAGAGCAAGGAGGACAUCAGUGUUGAUGAAUAUUCAACAGAAAAGAUGUCCGAAAUGAAGAAACAGAUAUACGAUGAAUGCCUUGCGCAGAUCGCAAAGAUGGUGCAGGAAAAUCCAAAUAGUACAAUCACUAUGCUUGAAAAACUGCUUCUGGAAGAGGAGAAAGCCCGGCUGGAGUCGGAGAAUAAGGUGGCAGAAGUCAUAUUAAGAUCAGAAGGGGAGAUUCAGAAACUUAGUGAGAUGCUAGAGAAUGGAAAGAAGGAGACCAAAAACAUUCAAAAAGAAAUGGAGAAAGUUAAAAAGAGAAUGAGAACACUUGAAAAGAUUCGGGACACUAAAAAGUGAGUGACGGUUGCUUAAUUUCAUAUGCAGAUGGGGAAAUUUGUGGCUUGGAGAAUGCCCUGUGCGUUGCUGAUGGGAGACUACUUGAUGUCAUUCUUUAGCAGAUGAACUUUUGUUGACUACUAUCUACUUACUAUUCAGUAUUGUGUAAAGAAGAACAGGGUAGUUGAAAACUUGAACAACAUCAUAUUAUUUUGAUUUGUUUAUCAAUGUGCCUGUAGUGGUCAUAUAUGAUGAAUGCAUCUUGCAUGCCUUAGAA